AUGAAGCGAUUCCUGCGGCGACGGCGGGGUUUAGACAUAGAUCAGGAUAAUAUACCUGAACACGUGCCGAGAAAGACCUUCCCUACCGGCAUCAAAUUACUCUGUAGCCCAGAUGAUGGAAAGAUCGACAUCGUCUUCGUUCACGGCCUGACUGGUGAUCGCGAGGUGACAUGGACUGCCCGAGAUGCGACCGAACCCUGGCCCCAAACCCUCCUCCCUCCCAUACUCCCGACAGCCCGCGUCCUGACAUUUGGAUACGACGCGUAUGUGAUCGACUGGAGAGGCGUAGUAUCGCAGAACCUUAUCGCUAACCACGCGUGGAAUCUGCUGACAUCUCUUUCAUCGUACCGAGAGAAAGAUGGCACGGCUUUGCUCAAGUCGAGGCAACGAUCGGAGCAAUAUCUCCACAAUAUCGUUCGUUGUACACGUGGUAUUAUGUUUCUAGGUACGCCGCAUCAUGGAGCUGGCCUUGCCAGAUGGGCCGAGGUCGUGUCCAGAUCUAUCGGGCUAGUCAAGCAGACGAAUUCCGAUAUCGUCGAUGUCCUCAGACGCGACUCCGAGGUGCUUGCGCGGAUUCAAGACGGCUUUCACACGAUGGUCAAAGCGCGCAGCGUAGUAGAGCCGCCCCCGAUUGAGGUCACUUGCUUCUAUGAGGAGCUACCCGUGGUGGGAGUUGGUUUAGUCGUGCCACAGGACUCGGCCAUCCUGCCUGGUUACGUUCCCAUCGGGAUACACAGCAACCAUAUGAAUAUGGCUAGGUUCGCCAAUGUCGACGACCCAGGGUUUGUGGCUGUUUGUGGAGAGCUGCGUCGGUGGAUUAGGGACGCGGAGGGAAACAAGAGACGCCACGAGAAUUCAUCACAGGUCGAGCAGCCUGGUAUUGCCAACCAAUACGGCGAUAAUAAUCGUCAGUAUACCCUGGUGGGUGAUGGCACACAGAAAAACGCGGAAGGCCACCUUUUUGAGGCGAAGGGGGAUCAGCACUUUGGUAUGAUCCCGCCUAAGGAGGCUGCAGAGAGAAAGGGGGCAUAG